CUUAAGGAGUUUGAGGUCCACGCCAACCAAAGACCAAUGGAUGGAAAUGCAUGACCCGCAUCUAUCCCGUCAGGAUGCCUGAAACACAGCUUCUCUACCCACCUCGUCACACCUUUCAUCAGCCUCCAAGGCUUUACCUGGACCUGCUCCAGAGGCGUGCCGUGGAGGACCAGGUCGACCUGUGGUGGUUCCGAGAGCCACGUCGCUCCCUUAUGUGUUACUGCGCUUCAGUUGCCCUCAUAUUAGGUCUGGGCCUGGGUGGUGUGUGUCUCCUGACCACCAUCACCACCAGCAUGUCCAGCGAGUGGCGCCUGGGGGUGGGCACCACCCUGUGUCUCCUAUCACUGGCCGUCCUGCUCAAGCAGCUUCUCAGCUCCGCCAUCCAGGACAUGCACUGCGUGCACAGUCGGCGCCGAAUCGACCAGCUGAAGAGUGGUGGACGGGCUGACCCGGCACUGAUUCUGGCUGUCGGCGUGGCGCUGAUGCUGUGUGGUACAGUUCUACUCUGUGUGACCACGAUCGACAAGGCCAGAAGCCAAGGGGAUGACGGUGCGGAAAUGCUGGCGUCGAGUUUGGUCCUGAUGGCGGCCGGACUUGGCAUGGUUCUGGCUGUAGUGGGAUACUCGGUGCUGGUCUACCUUAAGAGAAGAAGGGAGCGGACCAGGAGGGUGAACGCUAUCAGAGCGAGGAGGCUGGGAGUCGGGUCAGUCCGUGUGUUCUGUGUCUCGGGAGGCCAGCUGGACCAGAACAGAAGAGAGAUGGCCUCCAGCAGAACCAGUCUGAUUUAACAGAGUCCAAGCAUCCGUGUACAACAAAGUGGACCUUUGGAGGUCACACGCUGUUCUCCGAGGCUUCAAUUUGUUCAGGCUUUGAUUUAACUGGAUGGAUAAAUGGUCUUGGACUUAAUGCAGGGGUGUCCAAACUUUUUCCACUGAGGGCCACACACGGAAAAAUUUAAGCCAUUUUGAUAUUUUCCAUUUUCAAACCAUAACAAAAUAUAUAGAUUUUUUUUUUUUUAACCUUUAGGGCUCCCCAGGACCAGUCAAGGGUCAAGGGUCUCAGUCAUUAAAAUGUUAAAAAUAAGUCAAAUUAUUAUUAUUCUUUUUUACAGUAUAUCUCUACAUCAACUUCAGGUUGAUAUCAAGUAAAAAAACAAACAAG